UUCUGUAGGGUACGGGUAAUGUCUGUGGGGUAUUGGAUCUGUUACAGAACCGGAGGGUAAUCUCUGUAGGGUACGGGAUGUGCUACAGAACUCACAGAAGGUAUUGUGGCACGACCGUCACAGAACCCACAGAAGUGUUGGGGUAUUGUAUACAGAACAAGAGGGUAAUCUCUGUGGGGUACCGUGUGUGCUACAGAACUCACAGAAGUGUAGGGUACUGUGGUGCAACCGUCACAGAACUCACAGAAGUGUAGGGUAUUGUGGCGCUACGGGCACAGAACUCACAGAAUUGUUCUGUAGGGUAAAACAGAGGGUAAUUACCCCCGGUAUAGAUCUGUGGGUACCCUACAGAACCUAACCUUCACAAAAAAACUGGAUUUUGGAGGCCAAGUUGUAUCGUUUCUAACUACAAAACUGACCGUGGUUGUUGUUGUCGUCUUCACCUUGAACCCUAUGUCAGUUGCUAAAUGCCAAAAUCUAGCAAAGACUCUCAGCCCGUGGUCACGAAAGUGCUAGAGCCAUCUGAGGAUCUAAAGAACACGCACACAUAUAACGAGAAAAAGGUAUCCAAGAGCCCGAAGAGGUACACCUAAAAAUCCCUGCAGCACCGUAUGUAUGUAUGCGUGCCCAAAAACUGAACUGCACGUCCGUCCCACCGUUCGACUACAGUGGUAGCAUCACCCCCUCCCUGUCCCACUCGAUACCAAAACGGAAGAUUGCCGACUACAGCAUACUGCUGUCUGUAGUGCUGUCUG